AUGCUUAUUUUCUAUUUUUUAAGUUACAUUUUCUCGUAUACAGUCGUUGAUCAGCUGAAUAUUGAUCCAAAAGACAAUAUUUGCUGCUUCUAUUCAGAGAAAAUCAACGAUUUCGAAGUAAUUAUGGAUGAAAAAUAUACUUCUUCAGUGGUAACAAUAUCUCCAAAUUAUGAAUAUGCAGUUAUUUUAUUCCAAUAUUUAAACUCGCAAGGUAUUUCUACACAAAUUUCUUCCAAGCGAACAAGAUAUACAAUUAUUCCUUCAAUAAAUCUUACAACGUCAAAGAAUUUCUACGGUUUGGACUUCUUAAAUGAAAUCUUCGUUCAAAAGUACAUUGUUUCUACAAAAAAUUGCCAAGAUACAAAAGCAAUUUGUAAACAAAGGAGCCACUUGCCUCAUUUCGUAUUUAUCUUAGGAGGCAUCAUCCUAUUUGCAUAUAUCAAUAUAAUACAUAUCAAAAUCAAUCCAUAUUUCAAUAUUUUCGAUAAAAACAUUCGUCCAAUUCACGAAAGCGUCAAAAACCUUUCUAAAGAAGAGCUGAAGUGUCAGCAUGAUUCUCUUACUGCUGUACACAUAUCCGGCGUGUCCCAAGUCCAAACAGUAAGCGUAGAAAGAGAUUAUCCUCGAUCUAAAUUCCACAAGUCCAUUUCCUAUGCAUUGAAAGACGGCAACUACAUUACAUUCUUUUGGACAGAGAGAAUCUCCGAUAUUGAUGAUCUAAAUUUGAAAGUAGAAUUUUCAUCAGAAAAUCUUACAGCGACAAGCAUCAGCUACGAGAUGUUAAGCUACAGACAUUACAGACCUUUGGUUAUGACCAUCGAAUUAAGCAAUAAUUCAAGAAUUAAACUAGAAAUACCUCUAAACGUUCUACUUCCAUUCCUUUCCCAAGGAUGUUCAUCGACAUUACUAUUUUCAUCCCUUAUUCAAUGCAAUCGUAUCAUUAUGGGCAAUAAAUUCUUGCCAACAGAUUUUAUUCAAUUAAUGCACAAUUACAGCAUCUCCAUGGGCCUUCUUCGAUCUCUAGUCCUCGAAGCCGAUGGCCAGGUAAUAUGCCAAUACUCAAAACCUCCAUUAAAAGACUUAACUCCAGAACAAAUCGCAAAAAUUCAAGGAACUCUCAGAAAAGAGGACGAAUACAUAGACUACGAUUUAUUACCCGACUGCUACGCCACUCUUGUCCGUUACGGAGAAACUGAUGUCGUAUUAAUCGGAAUAACUAAGGCGCAAGUGCCAAUGGCCCAAUCCACGCUAUCUCUUAUCCUUCUUACAGCACUGUUCGUUCGAAAGAUCACGAUUGCUAGAGACAAAUUGACGAAAUACGAGAGAUUAGUUGAUUUGAUGGAAGCAUCUGGUCGAUUAAUGUAUUUCGAGUACAACGCCGACCUCCAAAAAAUCAUUCUCUCGAAGCCGAACAACUUAAAGUACUGCGGAGAGGCUGUUAUCAAAGCCGCGCAUAUUUUCAUGGACAGUUCUCAAAAGAACUUCAUUUUCGAGUAUCAGGACAAAACAUUCAUAGUCCUGGCAGACAGAAUUCCAUCUAAAAACAACGAACAAAUCAUUGGAAUUUUGGCAGAAAAUAUAACUUGGCUUUUGAACGAAAAGAAGGAAGAAAUAAAGAGAUACAACGAAGUAGCAGAUGCUAUGCAGAAGAUUGGCGCUCACAGAUUGAUAAUGAAGCCAAGGCCUCACUUGGAUGAUACAGAUAAUUUAAUUUCACAACUUGGUUAUCCGCUAGGUACUUCUUUGUUAUCAAUUAUUCAUCCAGAUGAUGCAGAGACGUUCUGCAACCUCGGAGCUUCAAUUAAACCUUCUGCUCCUGUAACUGACGAUUAUAAUAAGACGAUAUUGACUUUCUUACACGAUAUCGAGCCAUUAGACAGAUAUCUUAUCAUGGCUCCGACUGAAAGAGAGUAUUACAGAGAGCAUCCGGACAGAAUUUACAUUCCAAAUGUAAAAGUAUCGGAAACCGCUUGUAUUCGAGUACUUUCUGCCAACAAUCGUGUUCAUUUCUAUUCAGUAUCAGCGAAUAGCGAGAUAGGAUUCAUGCAUUCCCUUGAAAGUGCUUUCGAAAUAAUGAUUGACACCUUAGGCAGUUUCCCAUUCACAACUGCCCGCGUGAAUUCAACAUUCUGGGGCGUAGAUAUCGGAUCCGAUUCAAUUUUCCCGCUCUACGGACUCCCUACAAUUUGGGACGUUUUGGGGGUCGACCAAAUGACACCUUUUUCGAAUAUGGCCAAUUUCAUUCAAGGCGAAAGUCGGCCACUUUUCGUAAACGGUCUCAUGGGUUUACGAGUUAGGGGCGAGAAGAAUUGGACGGGCACAAUUUUAUUAUCAAUGGUCGGUGGCAAGAGUUUUUGGUACAAAUUAUCAAUGUUUGUUCAAGAUAAUUCAUUGUAUUGCGUCAUGACACAGAUUGACGAUAUAAAGAACAGCGUUGAUAAGAUGAAGAACUACUUGGAAGAGAUAACACCGUACAUGGAAAUCGCUGGCAUCAAACUUUGGAGCUUUAUUGAUAUUGAUGAAGUGAUGGAUAAUAAAAAUCUGCCACUGUCAGAUUAUUCCAAAGUUUUGUCAUGGGCGAAUGUCGACAUUGUUGCGAAAGAGUACAGAGACGCUUUUAUGAGGAACAUGAGGUCUACAUUUGAGUUCGGGCACUAUUUCGAGAUGUAUUUGCCUGUGGAUAUCGAUGGAACAGGCUACAAAUGGUGCGCAAUGUUGGGAAAGAGAGGUGAGAAAGGAAGAGUCAUUUUCGGUAUUUGGGAACCAACAGAAGUUUUGAGAAAGAAUCUGAAACCGGCCGGUGAAGCGGAAAUUGCAAAACUCGGUGAAAUUGCCGCUGGAAUUAUUGAGAAAUUGAAGAAUAGAUACGAUUUGACUCCUACACAACUGGAAGCAAUUAUUGAGGCUGAAAACGCUUUGAGACUUUACAAAGAACAAACUGCUUCUGGUAGUGAUAUUCCUGCUGAUACAAUCUUGUAA